AUGGUCCUCAUGCAGACAGCUAGGACAGAAAUCUUGAAUUCUCAUAAUGAUAAACGAGCUAAAGUGCGAAUCUUAUUAGACUGUGGAUCACAAAGAACAUAUAUUACGGAAAAACUAGCAGAAAAACUAAAGUUAAAAAAGGAAAAGAUGGAAGAAAUUAAGUUGGUAACCUUUGGUAGCAAAGAUGUAAAGACAGUUCACACACAUUCGACAGCGUUACAGCUAAAAUUAAAGAAACAUAUGAGAAACGACUUCUAUCUUGAUAUUGUUCUCCCACAAAGAAUAGAAAUUCAAUCUGGAUUAUAUCUACUUGCAUCCAAGUUAGGCUGGCUACUUACAGGAAGAACUGAUGAAAACUCUGUCGAAACUGGAAGUGAAACAAAUUUGUUGAUUUUAACAUACGGAGAUUGCCAGACUACAACAAAAAUAUUUCAAUCUACUGAUUCUUCGCUUCUUUUGAAACCAGAACUUGUAGAUCUUUGGAAUACAGAAGCCAUAGGUGUAGUUGAAAAUAAAGAGACAUCUGAAGACAAAGAGGUCAUGGAAGGUUUCAAAGAUACUUUGAAAUUUGAAAACGGAAGAUAUUAUGUCACCUGGCCGUGGAAAGAAGAGAGAAAGGAAUUGUUGCCAGUUAAUAAAGAAUUGUCAUUCGGACGGUUAAAAUCGUGUGUCAAAAGGUUAAGAAACAAACCAGAACUGUUGGAGAAAUAUGAUUCUAUUAUUCAGGAGCAAUUAAGUAAAGGUAUUAUAGAAGAAGUGAAUGAUACCAAAGGUGAUUUGAUACAUUAUAUACCACAUCAUGCAGUGAUAAAUCCACAAAAAUCAACAAAGGUACGAGUAGUUUAUGAUGCUUCAUCAAAAUGUAAACCAGAAUAUAGCAGUUUAAACGAAUGUUUACAUCGAGGACCAGUGAUGCAUCAUGAUUUAUGUGGACUUUUGAUGAGAUUCCGCCUACACAAAAUAGCUAUUAUAGCAGACAUCGAAAAGGCAUUUUUACAAAUAGGUUUGCAAGCAAGUGAACGUGACGUGACAAGAUUUCUGUGGUUAAAAUCAUGUGAAAACCAAGUACUGACUUGA